UACCAAUCUCAUCUCCUCCGUCAUUCACUCCAAGUGUCGUCUCCCUCUCAAUUGACGCAGAUGCACUUUCUGUCGUCAUAGCAUUAGGCCCUUUCCUCUUGCGGCCUUCCGUUCUUUUGCAUAUCCCAGUCAAUUGACUUUCGUUCGGUUGCCGUCGGUUUACAUCCGUCGACCUCUUAAUCCUCGGCGCAAUCCCGAGCACGCGACCCAACGAUCUCGACCUCCACGAAGCCACCACCACCACCCGAGCCAUACCUCAUCGAAGGCAUUGAGAGAGCGAGAAAGAAGCCGAUUUCUCUGCGAAUCCAGAUCUACCUUCUCACAUAAACCACCUAAACCGCAACCAUGUCCACCGCAAACCAACCCCCCUCCUUCACAACAGCCCUCCUAGCAGGCGGAAUAGCAGGCACAACAGUAGACCUAACCCUCUUCCCCCUCGACACCCUCAAAACCCGCCUCCAGUCCUCGGCCGGCUUCUUCCCCUCCGGCGGCUUCACCGGAAUCUACCGCGGCAUCGGCUCCGCCGUCGUCGGCUCCGCCCCCGGCGCCGCCUUCUUCUUCUGCACCUACGAGGGUUCCAAAUCCUUCAUUCACUCCCGCCUCCUCGCCCUCUCAGGAUCAUCAUCAUCAACAAACGGAAAGGCGGCCAAACCAGCCUGGGUCGACCCAGCAACCCACAUGCUCGCCGCCUCCCUAGGCGAAAUCGCCGCCUGCGCAAUCCGCGUCCCCACCGAAGUCGUAAAACAGCGCGCCCAAGCAGGCCAGCACGGCGGCUCCUCCCUCCUCGCCUUCCGCUCCAUCCUCUCCCAAUACUCCUCCCCGACCGGACGCAACGGCCUCUCCGCCGUCUGGCGCGAGCUCUACCGCGGCUGGUCCAUCACCGUCCUCCGCGAGGUCCCCUUCACCAUAAUCCAGUUCCCCCUCUGGGAACGCCUCAAGCGCUGGGGCCGCGAGCGCAAGCAGGCCAAGAACUACAAGCUCGACAUCGACCCGGCCACGGGGGCCAACACCAAACAACAGACGCAGUACGAGGUCAGCGCCGUCGAGAGCGCGCUGUACGGCAGCGUGGCUGGCGCCGCGGCCGCGGGCAUUACGACUCCGCUCGACGUGCUCAAGACGAGGGUGAUGCUGAGCCAGCAGAAGGAAAAGAUUGGCGAUAUCCUGAGGACGAUUUACAAGGAGCACGGCAUUCGCCCCUUCUUUGCGGGUAUCGGGCCGAGGGUCAUGUGGAUCAGCAUCGGGGGGUCCAUCUUCCUCGGCAGCUAUCAGUUUGCGUCAAACACCUUGACCGGCGCCGUGAUAUAA